AUGAAUUUGUUAGGUUGCUUGAAACUGAAAUUAUCGGAUUUCCCAGAAUUCAUCGGUUUAAUGAGUCGUGACAUCGAGACUAUGCCAGGACCAUUGGCUUUUGGACACAAAUAUAUGACAGGUGGAGCUGGAGAAGGAGCGCAACUUUUGCGACCAGAAUCGGAUUUUGAAGAACGAGAAAAGGUUAAAAGUGAUAAUAUUUUACCGUCUUACUGUGAACCACCAAACCCUUGUCCGAUAGGCUAUACCGCGGCAGAUGGCUGUUUAGAAGAAUUCGAAAAUAGUGCCGACUUCUCACGUAACUAUCAAGCUAGCCAAACUUGCAUCUGUGAUCAAGAACACAUGUUUAACUGUCCAGAUAAAAGAAAUGAUGAUGAGGACGAUCUGGAGGAAAGUCUACAGAGUAUUCUGAACGAUCAAGGGCUGCACAAGACUCUAAUUGCUAAAAAAUUCCAUGAAAAGCAAUCUGAAUCACUGGAACCUCGCCGUAAACGUUCCAUCUCUGCAAUAUCAGCACAACAUUCUCAACAUCAGCAAGAAAAUCCCUAUUUUAAAGGUGAAAUUCUGAAAUCUGUAAUCAAAAAAGAUGGUCGAAAUAUUUGGCAAGGUUAA